AUGGCCUAUGAGAUUGAUGAGCAGGCAUGUCCAGCUCAGCAUACCCAUGUCUACCGGGUUCAGGACCGCGACUGGGAUCCUCCACAGUCGUUGAGGUGGCGGUUCAGCCCCAGGUCCCCCGGUCCACAUGCCGCCGCAGCACGCGAGGACCUGGAGGUAUUGGACGAUACGGAUAAAUUACCGUGGGACGUGGCCGUGCCUGCUGCAAAGCUGCAAGGGACGGGGGACGGGGGACCCCGUUUUAUUCUCGGGCAGGGACAAGUCCUUAUGAUUGGGGGGUAUUGA